AAAGGUGAGCCGGUCGGGAAGAGGCGGAGUUUUCAGAUGAUGGCUGUGCAAUGAGCUUCCAGGGAACUGCACAGCAAGUAUAUUACAGAGAAACACACACAUUACACCAUUCAUUUCUUCAGAUGAGACGUACAAUCAGAUGUGUUCGUUUCUGUUAUUCCCUUGUCUUAUGAAAACACUGGUCCUCAGUUUAACAGUGAAUGUUCCUCGUUUAGUUUCUCCAGUGUUAUAACAUCUACAUGGGGAAAUUAAGCACAGACUUUUUGACUAGAAUGCAUAUCACAAUUCUUCUUUUGCAACUCUUCAUUCCUUUUUCCCUCCCAGAAUCUUAUGAGCCCACAGAGAGUGAUCUGAAAUGCUUCAACGAUUAUGAUGCAGUGAUGAAGUGUCACAUGAUUUCGGACAAACUCCACUGUCCUGCAUACAAACUCAGUGUAUUUCACGAAAUAAACAGAACAUAUUCCUGUAGUUUUGAGCAUUUCCCUCCCAAAACCUGUGAAUGUAAAUUCCAAGUGCCAGGCUUUGUCCUCACAGAGACCUUUUCAGCUACUCUGUAUAGAGGAGAGAAGUUUGUGUUCACUAAAACCAUCAAGACUGGUGAAAGCAUCAAACCCAAACCACCAACCAUCGUAUCAGUCAAUCUGACUGAAAAUGGAAAUUUCCUUAUUACCUGGGACACCAACUACAAUGAACCAUUUUCUAGUAGUCUGAGUACGAAGCUCACCUACGGCAUUAAAGGAAGCAAGGUCAAUAUGUCGAAAAAUUCGCUUCAAGGAUCUCACUAUGAGAUUCUGAGCAGACUAACUCUUCAGCCUAACUCUGAUUAUGUUGUGAGAGUGAGGACAGAAUUCAACAACAAUUCAAUAUUUAGCGACUAUAGUCAACCAUACGAGUUCAGAACACCCGUAUCUAUAGAGACUGUUCUCAAGAUAUUAAUUCCCAUGUUAUGCGUCAUACUGAUCUUAUUUAUAUCCACCACUUUCUGCUGUUACAACAAAAUGAAGAGAGAGUUGUGGGAUACAUAUCCAACUCCAAAAAUCACUUCAAGUUUUAAAAAUCAGAUUGACAUCUUGCUUCCCUUUGAAAAUGAGUUCUCUCCCAUCCAUGUUGAACAUUCCUCACUGGAACUGAUUGGGAACAAGACUUGCUCAACUUCUCAAGCAGAUGUCAGCAGAGAACAUCAUAAUCACCAGAGUAUCAGGAGCAGUGCUGAUUCAGCUUCAGGGGGUCAUGCUCAAGUGCACUCUGGCAGUGUUGGUCAGGACAAAGUCACUGUAAAUGCCACAGUAAAUAAGAUGGAAACAUCAAUGUCCUACAGUGCACUUGAAAAUCAAUCAAGAGCCACUGUCCCAGUCAACUCCACCUCUGGAACUGGACAGGAUUCAGGGAAUAGCUCAGGAUUGUUGUCCUUCAGCAACAAGUGCUAUUUUGAUGCAGGCUUCUCUUCGUUGACCCAGCCCUCCGACUCUUCUGAGAAAGAGAAUUUACUCCCUGCUUCAAUGAACCUUGCUCCUAUCUCAGUGUCCUACAAAGUUCAUAACAGUCUGCGAUCAGACAGAGCCAAGAUUGAAAUCCUAAGGGAAUGUGGGAAUAACAUUGACUCAUCCCUCAGUAACAGAUGCUUUUUGGAAUCACAUUCAGACAGUUCCUCCUUUCUGCACCAGUCUAUUAGGAAUGACAAUUCAUUCCCAGCUUUAUCUGAAAACCUGGAUCCAGCGAUACAGACGGACUUGGACUAUCAUCCGUGUUCAUUGCCUCUAGAUGCUAACUCAACUCAGUCCGCACCCUCCAGAACCGAGAUUGUUGUGGUUCAUGGAUAUCAGAGUGUUAAUGAGGUCUUGGACCACGGAAACAAACCAGAAGCAGAUGCAUCUGUGAACCAAGAAUUUGUCAGCUUUCACAAUGACGUUAAUCCGAUCAGAGAAAAGCCUAUUUGCUGCAAUAAACCACAGGAUGUUGCUGUACCUGCCUGUGAAAGCAUGGUUAUCCCUGUUGAUGAUGGAUAUCAAUCUCUUCCAAGCUUGGACCAAAACACAUGGAGCUCUGACCGCAGCACUGAACUAGAGCAGAACAUCGCUCAGGCUGUGGCUCAGCCGGCCCACCACAACAUGAGCUGUGUCAGUCAGCAGGAACAUGCACCGACAUUCGAAAGUCUUUGUGGUCCUGUUUUGAAUAUUUCUCCAGGCAUUCAAAUCGACUGUUCUUAUCAAAAAGUGUGAUGCCACAGCUCAAAAUUAAACAGUAAGCAUGUUUUCAUUGGUUAGCCAUAAAUCCGAGUUUGUACAGUUUGUACAUUUUGUUUUUUGGAACUGAUAUGAGUCUGGAAGAAAAAGAAUGUUGUUUUACAUUUGUGUGCAAUAAUAAAAAUAAUGAUAAUACAGUCA